AUGACCACUAAAAAGCCUAAACGCGAGGCGGCGUUGUUUGGCCGGGAAAUGAGUCCAAAUGACUUGAUCUUGACGUUGGCUUAUUCUCACAUAUUUUUCUCCAUUACCGCAAUGGAACCCUCGAAGUCGUCCUCACCACUGGGUCAGGCACCGCCAACCGCUACGCCCUCUUCCAUGACCACUCACUUAGUGAAUACAAACUUGCACAAAUACCCCACACCACCAGUGAACUCGUCUGGACGAACUAAACAGGAGCUCAUCGUUGUGACCACGGCGGAGGGGUCACAUACGAAACCUCCGUCAAAGAAGACAAAAUCCAGCUUCCGCCUCCCUGGGACCAAAAAACGUCGAAAAGACAAAAAGUUAGCCAAUCCGGAACUCGACUCCGCACUGCCACCAACUGGCGACCAUCCAGUCGCUGUUGUGGGUAGGCGUGAUCCGAGCCCAAAUGCAUCUGCUCCUGAAAAGACACGCACCUCGGAGAAAAUGGCGAAAAAACAGUCAGUUGGGCUCGGAACUCCUGACGAUGAACCACGCAAGUCACAUCGAAAGAGCAAACGAGGCUCCAAGCUAUCCGCGAGUAAAACUUACACCAAACAUUCAUUUGUUCCUGAAACGCCCGUCUUCGGUGUGCCGCUAAAUGUGGCGAUUCAGCGUGAUCCUAGUUUCGAUGGAGUCCCGUUGCCAGCCUUCUUCCGACACUUUAUUGAUUACCUUGAAAAGUAUGGGCUCAGCUCCGAGGGGAUCUACCGCGUUCCUGGUGUAAACUCACAAAUCCAAGCGCUUGUGGCUGCUCUCGACCGUGGUGAAUCAUUCCCUCAAGUCGCACCGACCUCUGCAGCCUUUUACCAGCAGCGGCAACAACACAGCGAGUGGCCACGUGUUCGCCCAUCCCUCUCGGGCACACCUGGUUCCGAAUCUAAAAUCAGAGUCCAGUCGGUCUAUGGAGGUCCCUCCAAAUCCAAAGGAUUUGCCAACUCCCCAUUGAAGCUUCGUCUUACGGGUGAAAAACAAAGGACGGGCACUGCCGUUGGCUUCUCAAUUUCAGAAAUUCCUCAUGACUUGCCGGUUAUCGCGAGCGUAGUGAAACACUUCUUACGCAGCCUCCCAGAACCGGUUAUGACGUCCGCGUUGCUACCAGUGGUGGAAUCGCUACCACCAGAGGUGCCUCAAAUCUAUUACACGCUGGCCGAGCUAGUACACAAAGAACUGCCGCGACCAAACCGAUUCCUUCUAGCCUGGUUGUUGCAACACAUGACUCAUAUUAUCGAUCGUGCCGGAGAGAACCUGAUGACUUUGGCCAAUAUCAGUAUCGUCUUAUCGCCCUCGCUACAAAUUAGCCACCGCUUAUUGGCUAUUUUACUUACUCCACCGCCACCCGAUGUGCGAAUCGAUUUGGCUCGGUUAGAUCCCGAUCUACCCGCAGUGGACAUAACCGAAGUUGGUGUUGAUCCGAGCAUGUGGCACUGGCUGUUUCCGCAUCCAGUCUACUUACUGCGACCGUACCGGCCACCACUCACUCCCGGUCCUGAUUUGGAUUUACCAGAAACAGAUGCAGAACUGGAUGAAGAGUUGAAGAAGCAGGAGCUACUUUUACAGCACUUGCAUGAACAGAUCGGUCGUGGUGAGGCAACGAAUGAGAAGGAAGCUCAACUUUGGGAGGUUCAACGUCUGGUUACCGAACUCCGUCGACGAAAGGCCUUUUCCGACCCCGAAGUUAUCCGUGCCGAGCUGAGCCGACAACAAGCCCAAUUGGAUCGACUGCAUGAAGUUAUCGCUGCUGAACAGGCACGUCCUUCGCUGGACUCUCCUAUAUGGACAUCUGUGAAUCUCCAUCCCUCACACCGGGUAUCACACAGCGAUAUCAAUGGACAAAAACGGCGUGAUGUAUCGUCGGCUAAAGCUAGCAAACACCGUUCGGACCCGGCGAGUUCCUAUUCAGAUGAACUGUGGGAAGUUCAGCGCCAGGUGACCAUGCUCAAACGACGUCUGAAGCAGCAAGAAAAACUGGUUGGGCAACAAACCGUGAGCACCGGGCCCGCCUCGGACGCUGCCACUGCUGUUCCUACAACUACCAGUACAUAAUGUCGGUCGGGAUCGAACUUGUAAUCACAAACCGUGAGCACCGGGCCCGCCUCGGACGCUGCCACUGCUGUUCCUACAACUACCAGUACAAUCGUAAUGUCGGGAUCGAUUCCACUUGUAAUCCCGACGGUUUCGGAGCUGGAUGAAGAAGAAGUGCUCAAUCUCACACUUCGCAAACUCCCGUUGGAUACCCCGAGUGGCACCACCUUUGCCUCUACAGGCAACGAAGAUACUGUGGUGUUGACGCAACAACCAUUGCCAGACACCACACUCGUACGUGCUCCCUCCACGAGGUUACCUGCCAGUGACGUGGAGAAGCAGUCUCAUAGUCCGAUUGAUAGUCCGCGUACCAUUCGACUCGUUCGGCCCGCCGACAAUGCUGCUGAGCCAAUUGCUAAUACUGUUGGCGAGACCGACACAAAACAGGCGGUGAUACAAGAAGAAGAGUUACAACGGGAGCAGGCGUCGGUCGAUCAUACGAUUGAAUUAGAGGCUCCCCUCGCGGACAGCAAGACAGUGACAGAGCAGGAGACAGCUGUUGAUACUGUUUUACCCACUGCCUCCGUCACAGAAGUUACCACUCAAGAUGCCCAGGUACAGGUAGCUCCUCCGGAAGAGAUCGAUGACCGGUUUGAGUUCGAUGUCACAGUCGAACACGCUGUUCUCUCUGAAAAGUCUGCGCCUGCAGUAGCUCCUCCGCUUCCACCGUCCCCUUGGCGGAAAUCCAGCUCCGGUUUGAAGGCUGAACCGUCAUUGUUUCCCGUGGAUCGCCAAAUUGCCCAGCAGAUUGCCUUUUAUACAGCUCGGAAGCAAGAGCUACAGGCUAUCAACACGGACCUUCGAGCCCGCAUAUGGUCUGAAAAUGCAGAAAUUAGCCGGAUCCAGUCUUGUAUUAGUCAUCUUUUGGAAACGGGUGGAAAACGCGUUCAAAGGAUCUACGAAACACAGGUCAAUUCCACACGAAUUCACCCUACAUCCGCUCAGGCAGAUGGAACAGAACAUUCCCUGGCCACUUGGUUAGAUCACUCAUGGACCCGCAUAGCUGAGAGAUUGAGUGCUGUUGAUUAUGGUUCCAGUGGGAAGGAAGCCUCCUGUUUGAUGGACGAACCAGAUGGUUCUGACUUAUCCGAUUCAACAUCCAAAGACGAUGACGACGAAUUUGAAGAAAUGGUUGAUGAGUCCCAACCGGUGGCUUAUUCAAGACUGACAGAAGAAUACGACGAUGACGAGGAGCAUCGGGGAAAAAUAAACGGAUACAGCAAGCUGGACGAUGAGGGGUCCGUUCCAUCUUCAGAUCUACUACCUGUUGAGGUCGAAACCGACGGUGAAGACGAUGACGAUGAUGACGAAGACGAAGGUGAGGCCGAACUGGCACGUACCCUACAUCAACUCACCAUGGAUAACGCACGUCUGGAACAACUGAACUGCCGUUACCUGGAAGGUAUACAAGCUGAACGAAACAGGUGUGCGGAGUUGAAGGUUUUGCUGAAGUUGCGCAACACAACCGUCGGCAACACCGAGUUCAACGGACUUUCCGGACCGCCCUAAAUCAAAUCGCUAACAGUGUGUCGCAGUCAAGCUCAGCUUAACAGUCUUUCCAACUUUUUGUGCACUCAUCUCUUUCAUCCACGCCUGCCGGUCGCCGGUUUCAUCAAUAUUAAUAAUGAUCUCCUACUUUGCUCCAUUUCGAUUUCUCUCAUUGUGGACUGCAUUGAUUAAUUGGUCUCCCCGCGGCGAAACAACAACGUAAUUCUCUCAGUCUGGACAGCUUACACUGAGCAGGGAAUUUCUACGGGUGCGAGACGGAGAGCUAA